AUGAGCAGCCAUCUGUGGCAGGCCUACUACGAGGAUGAUGUCGAUAUAUUUCGGCAAUUGCUGGCGCCCGCAGUCAGCAAUGUCCGCCUGCACAAUACAAAAGCAGGGCCGAAUUUCCAUGUCGGUAGCUUGGGAUCCGCUAUAGGUAGUCCAGCUCAACACGGAAGUUCGCCGAUUCAUAGUGCGCGAUCGCGCAAGCCCAAUACGCCGGGUGGCCAUUCAUCGCAUCUCGUCCUGACCAAGUCUGACAUCAACUGGCGCGACGCCCACGGGUUGACCAUCCUCCACCACGCUGCGUCUUCGACCUCGGAGAAUGCGAUAGCCUUUGCAACGGCAUUGAUCGAACAUCCUCUGAUCGACCUCUACUUGCAGGAUCUGGAGAAUGGUUGGACCGCACUCCACAGGGCUUUCUACUUCGGCAAUAUCACCAUAGCCCGGAUGAUCUUGGAGCGUAACACCAGCGAUGUAUUGGGAAAGACCACGGGUCAUGUACACCAGACGCUGGGAUUGAUUAAGAUUAAGGAUAGGGAAGGACUCGGCCCACUCGACCUGUUCGCGGCCACGAUCAAAGAUCGCACACUGAGACCCGAGGCGUCAGGAAGAAAACGAUCCAACUCUCAAGGCAGCGAUGAGGGCGACAUGCGAGAUGAGAACGGCGACAAGCUGGUAUCGACCAGCCGCAUUGCAUUUGGCAAUAUCCACGGUGACCAGCUGUUCACGUUUGGAAGCAACAAAAACAUCUCACUCGGUUUUGGUGACGAGGAUGAUCGCCAAUUCCCAGAGCGUAUCAACUUGCGACGUCCAGAACAUCUCUUGCGCCAAUUCUACGCAGACCACUUGGAGCAAGCCGAGAAGCAAAGACCCACGGGUGCCGGGCCCGCUUCGGCUUCCGGAAUUGCAUCAGAGAAGGACAUGUGGAUUGAAGACAUCCCUUGGGUAGUCCGCUCGCGGCCGCUAUCGAUUCAGGAUGUGCAAAUGGCAAAGCUUUCCACAGCGGUACUCACGAAUGACACAGAAUCCAACCUGUAUAUGUGUGGGCACGGCAAGGGCGGUCGUCUUGGGACUGGAGACGAGAGGACGCGAUUCAACCUGGUCUGUGUCGACAACCCUGCGCUGGCCGGAAAACGCAUUGUGACGGUAGCACUAGGUCUCAAUCACACACUCGCACUGUCGGAACAUGGCGAAAUCUUCAGCUGGGGCAGCAACGGCUUUGGCCAGCUGGGCUAUAGCCUGCCCAAAGUGGCAAAGGACGAAGAGCCCAUCAGCACGAUUCCGCGUCAGAUCUACGGUCCACUAAAGCGUGAAGCCGUCAUAGGAAUCGCGGCGUCUCGCAUUCACUCCGUGGCUCACACAGCAUCCUCGCUGUACACCUUCGGAAAGAGUGAAGGGCAACUCGGCAUUAUCGAUUCCGACGCACGUUCACUCGAGAGCCAAGUCAUUCCUCGCAAGGUGGCAGCAUCGCUCUUCACAUCCUCCAUUGCAGCUGUUUCGGCCAUCGAUCGUGCGACCAUCUGUUUGCUCGAGAACCAUGAUGUUUGGGUAUUCGCCAAUUAUGGCUACGCUAAAGUGCAAUUCCCGCUCGAUGGCUUCUCCAACUAUUUUCUGAAGCAGAGUUUCAUGCUGACAACCUACGAUCAAGUCCCAAACAAAAUCACCAAGAUCGUAUCCGCAGGAGACACGAUAUGUGCAUUGUCAAGUCGCGGCGAGGUGUACACCUUGUUCGUGAGCCAGAAGCUAGAUUCACAAAGCAGCACGUCAACAACAAAUCCGAGCAAGAUCCGUAGCGCUAUUACGCAGCCGCUCCCUAUCUGGUCCCCGAAGAAGAACAACAUGGCGGCACGGGACGUUGGCAUUGAUGCGGACGGUUCCAUCAUUGUCUCAACCGAAGAAGGAAGUGUCUGGAAGCGUUUACCGCGCAGCAAUGCUGUCAUCGGGGUAGAUUACAAGUCUAAGGAUUACAAGUUCUCCCGUAUGCCAGGUUUGACUCGCGUGCUUGGCGUGCGAUCGUCGGGUUACGGCGCAUAUGCAGCUGUACGAAAAGAUUGCGACGUACUCAAGACACAGAUUGUGGUUGAAGAGCCGACUCUGUGGAAGAAUCUGAUGCCACUGUUGUCUCUGACGCGACUUGCAGAUGGGCAGAGUAGCGUUGAUGACAGCGAAUCGAAGCCGAGAUUCUGGCAGGCUCCUCGCAAGACUAGCCAGAUCUCACUCCUCCGCAAGGUUAUCAUCAGCAGCGCCGAUAUCGAGGCUGAUGUCGCCCGUGUCGUAGAUGAGAUAUCUGCAGAGGAUGCGAAUAAGUACGAUGCUGUCCUGGCGACUACAACUUCCGAUGUUGUCGUUCCGGUUCAUCGCUUCAUACUUACAGGGAGAAGCCGCGUACUACGGGAGGGAUUCCGCAGUCUAUGUGAGAACAGUACCUUCACCAUUCCUGAUGUCGCUGUUGCCGAAGUCAUGACUUCUGGGCAAUUGAAGCUGGUUUUCCAGGGCGUCGACAUCAUCAGCAUCAUAAACCUUGCGCUAUAUCUCUACACGGAUGCCGUGAGCGAUGUUUGGCAUUUCACUCGAGACGCACCUUCCAUGGCCUAUCGGUAUCGAACGACGCGCACUGAUCUCAUGAAAAUUGCCUCGAAGCUUGAGAUCACUAAACUCGAGGCUGCAGUCCGACAGAUGAUCCCUCCGCAGCUAGGCCUCAAUCUGGAUUUUGAGGCGGCUUUUGACGACCCAGCAUUCUUCCACGACGCCGAUGCUGUUGUACAACUAGAAGAUGAUGAGGUCCGAGUACACAGCUCGCUCGUCUGUACACGCUGCCCAUUCUUCGACGGCUUGUUCAUGGGUCGCGCUGGUGGGCGUUGGCUCUCUAACCGUGGCGACGUCGACGAAGUGUCCAUCGAUCUCAAGCACAUCAGCUCUAGAACCUUUCAGAUUGUCCUGCGUCACAUCUACUGUGACUCUGGAGCCGAGUUGUUCGAUGACGUUGUCAGCACGGAUCUCGACGACUUCCUCGACACGGUUCUUGAUGUGAUGGGGGCAGCCAACGAAUUGAUGCUCGACCGCUUGUCUCAAAUUGCACAGUCGGUUGUUGGACGAUAUGUUAAUGUGCGAAACGUCUGCGGCCUUCUCAAUGCUAUCUCGCCCAGCUCAGUGCGGGAGUUCAAGGAUGCUGGGCUGGAGUACCUAUGCUUGAAUUUGGAAGCUAUGCUGCAAGGGCACUAUCUCAACGAGCUUGACGAGGAUCUUCUUGAGGAGCUCGAUGAGGUUGUUAGGCAGAACCAAUUGGCAUGUAUGCCUUUUGUGAAAAGCGGUCGCGCCGAACUACUGCUUCAUGACCGGCAUCCCGAGCUUGUUGCAAUUCUUGAUCACAAUCGGCGGGUUAAGAUCGAUUCGGUGAUUCUGAGAUCAAAAUUCCAUGAUGCUGGUGUCUUCUCGCCCGGCUCAUAUACCGAAGAGCUGGCGGUGUCGCCUACAACGCAGCGGAGUCGCAGAAGGUCGUCGACCGCGAUGAAGACAGAGCUUGAUCGACCAUCUUUGAAAAGCAAGGCAACUUCCAAAGAUCUGAUGUUCGAGAUGGACGAGGAAUCGGACUUCAAUCUCCAGUCUCCGCGCGAGUCUCCCGCUAUCCGUCCAAUGACAAGUCCCCGAGCACUAGAUCCUCUUCUCGAGGACCUAACCAUAGAGGACACAUGGUUUGACUCGAGAGGAAAGGUCUUGCCUUCCCCAAAGCUCGCACCGCAAGCGUCGACACCGGGUGCAAUGACUCCUCGAACGCCGAAGUCGCCGCUCAUGGCAGGACAGACACCUCCGCAUCCUGCCAAACCUUGGACCCUUACACCUCUUUCAGGCCGGAAGACUGCCAUGAGGGACAUCAUGGCACAAGCCGCUAGCACGCCAAGGACAUCGAACCUCACCCAAGAUCUGAACCAGGCCAGAGGAUCUCUACCAGACAUUCCGACCCCAUUCAGUCUGCCAGCUCCAAAGAUGUCCCAAAAGGAUCGGAAGAGGCUACAGCAUAGUCAGCAGGCAAGUAGCUCAACAAUUCAGCCUGCCACAACCCCUCUGGGCUCCUCGCCCUUUUCAUGGCAAGCCGUAUCUGCGCAAAGCAAGCCCACACUCAAGGAUGUUAUGACUAGCGAGCAGAUAAUUUCUAAGCCCAAGGGAUCUGCUCCAAACACCCCCAGAACGUCAAGUACUCCACAACUCACGAUGCGGCAGACCGUCGCCAAUGUCAAGGGCACUGGGAGCCCGAGUCCUUCGACCGGUUCUAGCAGUCAGCGAGUGAAUCAGCAUAGAAGUGUUUCCGAUAGUAGAUCUGUGGCAUCACCAAGCCUUGAGAAGUCUCCAGCCCACAGUGUUACGAACUUCUCGAACAGUAGGCCGAUUCCGCAGUCUAUCCGUCAUCAGGCGCCAAUCAUCGAUCCGGCCUCCUGGGAUAUGAGUAUGACAGAAAUUCUUGCUCAACAGCAAUUAGAGAAAGACUUUCUCAAGGGAGUCGUGGCUAAACGUGACCUUCAAGAAAUUCAAGCGGAGCAAGAGUUCCAAGAGUGGUGGGACAAAGAGAGCGCUCGGGUUCAGGAGGCGGAGAACCGGAGCGCUACUACGACGAACUCCUCUUCUAAAGCUCCAUCCUCAAAGAAGCAUCGAAGUCGAGGCGGGCGUAGCAAGGGAGCGAAGAAUGCCGGAGGAGCAGAGUAUCACAAUGAGAAUAGUGGCGGUGGUGCUUCUAUCAAGCGCACGACUUGA